GGGAGGGAGUUGGAUCGCAGACGUUGCCGGUUGUCCUGAUCGUACAAUUGCAACGCCGUUUGGGUCGAAUUUUGUGGCUGCCUUUGAGCAGACAAAGUCACAAGCAUGAUUGUGACGGCCCUGCGCCUGACGGCGCGUCGCUGUCUGAGCACGACCACCCCUGCACUCAGCGGUGCGCUGAAAGCUGCCGCCGCUGCCAAACAAGGUCAUCAGGCUGUUGUUGAAUCGUGGAACGUCAAUUGCAAUGGCGCCACCGACUAUCUUGUCGGGCCUCGCCCCGAGCAGUGGUGGACGGGCAAACCUCCAGUUUAUGGCGUGUGCCCCGGCGUAGACGAGGACAACGUCAUCCGGGCCCUGGCCCAGCCCAACCUGGCCACCGUCACCCGCCAACAGCUGCGCGAUUACUUUGACAACACCUGGACCAUGACCGAGGUUCUGUUUGAGGGCCUUCAGACCGAGGAACCCUUUUACCGCCCUCCUUACCACAACCUGCGUCACCCCAAGAUCUUCUACUACGCCCACCCCGCUUCCGUGUACGUGAACAAGUUUCGUGUGGCCGGCCUCAUCUCCGCCCCCAUCAACGAGUACUAUGAGCACAUCUUUGAGACUGGCGUCGACGAAAUGCUCUGGGACGACUUGAGCAAGAACGACAUGCUCUGGCCCACCGUCGAAGAAGUGCGCCAGUACCGCCAGGAAGUUUACGACAUGAUUGUCGAUGCCAUUGAGAACCAUCCUGCCUUUGACACCAUCAGCCAACUCGAAGCUUCCCCCUUCUGGGCCCUUGUCAUGGGCACCGAGCACGAGAAGAUUCAUCUGGAGACCUCGAGCGUCCUCAUGCGCGAACUUCCCCUCUCCCUCCUGCGCCGCCCGGAUAACUUUCCGCCCCUGCACCCGAGCCACCAAAGCGCCCCAGCCCCUAACGUCUUGGUCAAGGAAGGCGAGCACUACCCGGAGAAUGAGUUUCUGCCCGUGGACGCCGGUCUUGUCACUCUGGGCAAGCCCCGUGACUUUCCCUCCUACGGCUGGGACAACGAGUAUGGUGAGAAGCAGAUGCAUGUCAAGUCUUUCCAUGCCACCAAGUACCUGAUUUCCAACGGUGAAUUCCUCGAGUUUGUCAAGAGCGGUGGUUACUUGGACGAGAGCGUGUGGGAGCCCGAAGGAUGGAAGUGGCGCUGCUUCCGCAACGUCAAAUGGCCCACUUUCUGGGUUAGCACCGGUCCUGCCGGUCUACACCAGUACCGCCUCCGUGCCAUUUUUGAGGAGAUUGACAUGCCCUGGGACUGGCCCGUCAACGUCAACCUUCACGAGGCCAAGGCCUUUGCCAACUGGCGUUCGCGCAAGGCUGGUCUCACUGGCGAAAACAAGUAUCGUCUCAUGACUGAGGCUGAACACCAUCGCAUCCGUGACCAGUCCAUGACCCAGACUAGCCUCGGCGUUGACCGUGAUCCCAGCAUGGUGGCUGACGGCCGUGCCAUGCCCGAACAAUUUGGCAUGAACCUCAACCUCGCCUAUGGCUCGGAGAGCCCCGUCGACGGACUCAAGCCCGCCAGCUCGGGCUUCCAUGACGUCUUUGGAAAUGUCUGGCAAUGGCAUGAGGAUCACAUGAGCGCCUUGCCUGGCUUCCGCGUCCACCCUUACUACAAUGACUUUACCCUCCCCUGCUUUGAUGGCGAGCACAACCUGAUUCUUGGUGGCUCCUACAUGUCCUGCGGUGAUGAGGCCUCGAUGUUUGCCCGCUUCCACUUCCGGCCCCACUUCUUCCAACACUCUGGCUUCCGUCUCGUCGAGCCCAACCGCCACGAACCCCAGCUUGUGACCUCGUGCAUGGACAACCAAGGCCCCUUUGUCGGUCAAAACCCCUUCCGCAGCUCCAACAAGGAUGAGACAGAGCGCAAGUACGCCGCCGACGAGGUCGUCCGGCAAUACAUCCAUCUCCACUACGGCUCUGGCGAUGAACUUCCCGCUGAGGCCCGCGCUUAUCCCACUCGCCGCGCUCUUGACAUUGGCUGCAACGUCGGCGGCGUCGCCUUUGCCUUGGCUGAGCGCUUUCCAGAGGUUCUGGGCUAUGACAUUAAUAGCAAUGCCAUUGAGACAGCGCAAGAAAUCCAGGAGACUGGCAGCUUGCAGUCGUACGUGCGUGAGGAAGGUGAUAUCAAGAUGCACUUCACCGCCACGCCCAGCCACCAGAGCAGCCGCGUGUCCUUCAAGCAUGGUGAUGCCCUUUGCCUACCACCUGACCUUGGCAACUUUGAUGCCGUGGUGGUAGCCAACGUUCUGGACCGCCUCUCCAGCCCAGGCAGCUUGCUGGGUCGCCUGGGAGGCGCGCGUGGCCUCGUCAAGCCCGGUGGCCUCCUCUUUGUCUCCUCCCCCUUCUCUUGGAUGGAACGCUACACACCCAAGGAUCUCUGGCUGGGUGGUCGCGAGACCUUCGAUGGUGAGGUCAGCUCCAUUGACACGCUGCAUGCUUCCCUCAAUGACAAUUUCGAGCUGCUCGAGGUCAUGGACAUGCCCUUUAUGCUCCGUGAGCAUGCCCGCAAGUUUGAGUACGUCAAGGCCUAUGCCACGGUCUGGCGGCAUCGCGUCUAAGGCGCCAAUUUGAAGAGCAUCGUCCCUUUCUUAUCAGUCUGCUCUGUCUGAUUUUCCCGCGGGUUUUUCCACAACCUCUUUUCUUCUUCUUCUUCGUCUGCUUUUCUUCCCUUCCCGUCUUUGCUUUUAGUUGUUUGUCAUUCUUUUGUUUGUUGUCUCUUGAUUAGCCAAACCCGAUGUCCAUGCUUACGGCUCUUUUUGUUUCUCUGCCUUAUUUUGCUUGAGUUUCCUCUGCAACUUUGGCCCUCAAGCCUGGCUACGCAGCCAAAUGGUUUGUGGCUCCUUGUUGUGUGCCUUUGGAUUCACACCACUUCAUUCUACGUGCGGUGUCGAAUCUUGCCUUUCGACCAAUCUGUUUGAUCUUGUCUGUUUCCUCCCCGUGCACAUGCCCUUGGCUCCUGCCGGAGUGGAGAGCCCACGCAUGUGCGCUCGUGUUCUUUCCUCAACCCGCUUUUUAAUUCAUCCUCUUUGAUCUGGA